AUGGCACAAUUCAGAGCUGGAAUUGAGCAUGAAUCUCUGGAGUUUGUUAUCAACCAUGUCUUCCUUCCCCCACAGCUCCCACAAAACACUGAGGAAUACAUCGGCAAUAAAAACAAUGCGCUCUUACAGCUUCUGCACCAAAGCUCUGAUUCCUAUGCACGUAAUUUUACCAAGAACUCGGUAUGGUCGGCGGUGAACAAGCUGGUUGAACAUUUUGGCAUGUUUGAAAAUAACACUUCUGUAUCGGCCGAUCUUUUUGCAACGGCAGUGAAGGGUUUGAAGGAUCGAGACGCAAUCGGUAUUCACAUAACAUCUCAAAAUGCUGGGCUUAUUCUCCGCCGUAUCGAAAAUUCCGUGAUCUUCACCUCAUUCGAGGCUUCCCCCACUUCCUCAGCUGUCACUGAAGCGAUAGGAAAACUUCUUAUUUCUUACCCAGGUCCAGCCGUUGCUGUUGCAUGGGAAACAGUGAUCGAUCCCACAUUCCUGAAACCGCUCUCCGAGUUCUUAGAGACGAUGAAACGUGAUCAAAUCAGUGCUGCCUCCGGAAGGGGUCAGAAAGCGGGAGAGACGUUGCAGGAGGAACGAGAGAGCACACACCCGAUGUUUAUCUCUGAGUUGCUGACGGGAAUACUGCGGGGAGUUGGACACGAAGUGAAUGUGGAAAGGUUCAUGAAACGAAUUGGCGAUGAAGUUUUGUGGGAUAACGCGGUUAUACCAUGGAGAAGAAGUCCACUUUGGCUCGUUGUAAGGGUGGCACUUCGGAUGGUGCUCGGGCAAGAGGAUUACAAAUCUUUUAUAAUCUUCUUUAUGGCACAAGUUCUCAUCCUCGCUACACAAAGAGGAGUCAGAGCGGAUAGGUUGUUUGUCAUGAAUGCAAAGUUGGCGAGAAGGGUUUAUAAACUGCGGGACCAGCUACCUCAAUUUGUCCUAGUCGAUGCUGAGAGGGCCGUGGAUGGGACUUACAAGCAAAUAAAUGAUGAAUGGCUUCAGACUCAGAACAGCAUUAGGCGGGACCCAUGGGGUUUAUGGCGGUCAGUAUUUCUCUUCGGCGCAAGCUUCAUGAAGGAUACGGUCAUCACGAUGCGCAAUAGCAGGGAAUAUGUCAAAGGACUUAGACAUAUUAAAUGCACCAAACCUGAGAGGGAGACCUUUACUCCUAGAGAGGUAAGGCGAAUUGACAUGGCGGAUGUAUGGAAGAUGCCGCAAACAUCACGUCUUAAAGAUGCGGGAAUCACUCAAGAUAUUAUGUUGGCAGACUUUGAGAGAUGGGUCAUGGAAAGCCUCGAUGGAUGGUUGACUGUAUUUACGAAUGAGAACACAACCGAAGCCUGCAACACCCUCGGAGGAAGCAUGCAAGACUAUAUGGAAGUGGCAAGGGUUGCAUAUCAAGGGAACCCCGAGAGAAAUUCAAUCAUGAUCUUGACAGUGAUGGAGCUAUGGGUGGCUUUGGAUAAGCUAGCAGUAGAUUCCUGUCCCCUUCUUUCCAAAUACUCACCCGAACUGAACGAAUCCUUCCUUUGCGUCCUCCUCCUUCCCCAGCGUCAACAACGUGUACGGCUCUCCCUGGUUGAGAAUUAUAUCAAAGAACGCCGUUCCGCCUCUCUCCCAAUGAGCACUUCCGUCUUCUCAAAAGAUAUAACAAAACACACAUUCUCCGUCUGUUACUUCCAGUCCUGUGAUAAUCUUGUUCAACUGGAGAAGCAGAUCAGUAGUGAUGCCGCUAUCGAUAGGCAGAACAAGAUCGCCGAGUUGGCUCGGAGAGAAACCGAAUAUUUUAAUGCCUUAGCCAUCAUCCGAACUCUCAGUUGUGACUACUAUACUCACUGGAAAGAUGGAUGGACACGUCACGAUAGAAAUUGCAAAAAGUGCGCCAAGGUCAAAGAGGCAGAUACGAUGAGGAUUGAAGUCCACGAAUGGCCUCUUCCAGAUGAUCCCCUCCUGAAGGCAGCGGUUGUCUUUGAGCUUCGGUGUCCUCAACCAUUUGCAAUCUGGAGAGAGGCAACAUUCCGGAUACGUAAUGACCUCUGCGCACCUAUAAAUACCCAAACUAGCCCUUCUAAACCAUUUGAGAACCUUUCAGACUAUUCCGGCCUUAAACAUUACUUUGAAGACCACAAAGUAUCUGGUCAGAGCACAUUGCGUUAUACCUCCAUGACCAAGUCAUUUUUAUCAUCUCACUACCGCUACAGACGCUUACCCGCUACUACAGAAGACAUUUGUGUCAGGAAUGCACUUAAAUUUGCACUCUAUGACACCAAAAGCGCUCGAUGGACAUCUGACCUGCCGCAUGCCAUUGACUGCCGUCGCCUCUGUACAUUUCGUCUUCCUAAGGGUCCCUAUUCAUCUCUCCAGCAUGCAGUUGAAGGGACUUCACACACACCAAAUCAAGUAUUGGCGCAUCAAUCCAAGUGCCCUCCGGAGCUUCAGCUUCAUGAAUACGUUGCAUUUGGCCUUAUGCGCUCUGGGUGGCGUAUCCAAUGGCUCAACAUGCUCAGAGAGAUUCGAAGCCGCACCUUGACCUUUAGCGCUGAGCCAGUCGGUAUGCUCUAUUUUCAAGCAGCCUGGCAGGUAGGACAUUCUGGAAACGUUGAUAAUGGAAGAGAGUGCCAUGUGGAACCCGGAGAAGAAGAUUUUGGGGAACAUAUGAUAAAGGAAUUAGAGGUACUGCUGGAAGGAGUCAAAGAAAAUUGGCAAGAGGUUACGGCUGUCCAGAUAAUGAUUGUUUUGGCAAUCCAGAUCAUGGCAGGAACAGAGUCAACGUAUGUGUGUUCCAGAGCAGUGCAGUUCCUCAAAGAAGCACGGAGGUGUAUUACCUAUGGCGAUAAAAUCACUAUUGGCAAGAGAUACACGAAUGGCCUAUGCUAUCGAGGGACAUCUAAGAGGUUUGUCUGGAAUGCGUAUGAGCGAGGAGAAUCCUGGUCGGCCAUGGACUGCCCGAAUGAACGAUGGGUAUAUACUUAUACCGGUGGAGGGGAGGGGAAGGAAAGUCAGAAGGUGCAUUACAAUCUAAUCAGCGGGGAAUUAUUGGUGGAGGGGUUACCACUAGGAAGAAUGCCUGUGUCAUAUACAAAUCAUCCCACGUACAAAGAGCUAUUUCAAGAGAAGAUACUGAAUGUAUAUCCCUCAAAUAUGCCUGGAAUGAUUUUCCAGACGAGGCACGCAAUAUACGGCCAUAAGGUUGCUUUUGCAAUGCAAGAACCAGAAAACGAGCUUAUAAUCCGCACCGAGCGCGAGAAAGACGGUAUCUUUCAUCAAUUCGUUCCGAGCGACAAGCUUUUUGGCGAUUUACCUGCCAAUAUCAUCUCCAAUCACGUCUUUUGGUUAGAGUUACCGUCCGCCGCUGCAAUGCUCUCUGGUAACGACUUUACUACCGGCGUAAUUUAUCUACGGGAUCGCAAAACCCCUUGGAAGACAAAAGAAAAGUUCUAUAUUUCGCAUAGCUAUGAUGACUUCAAGACCGUGCUUAGACUUGGCGAGGAUCGUCACUUGAUUGAUGUCCGCAGUGGUCCUGCAAAUGCCAUUGCCGCCGUUCUCGCCCCUCUAGAAGCUGCAGAGUUUAUACAGGUUACCUACGGGGCUGCCGUUGUUAGGGUACAUCUUCCUCGGCUGAAGCUUGACUUUUCAGUCAACCGGGACAAUUUCAUGGAGUGCAGGCAGUUCCCUGCUAUGGUGAUAGAUCAUGAUCAAACGGUUGGAACUUUCAUUGGGCUACAAAACAUUCUUGUUGUCCGCCAGGGCCCAAUCCGAAGCGUCAUCAUCCCUCAUGGAAAGAUCCUUUUCGAACAAGAGGGAAAACAUACAAAAGUUAAAAUCGAUACCACGGGAAUGGAGAGGGUAAAGUACCAUGUCUACACGCUCAACCGGAUUCUGGGAACGGUUGUUGGAAAUGGAAGUCUCACAAGCCAUCUAUAUAAGGUCUAUCUACAUGCAGUAACUUCGCAUUGUCUUCCAGACCCCUUCACUCAGAGAACUGGGACAGAAGAGGCAUUACUCGGACUGAGAGCAGCGGCAACCAGAUCCUUUCAGAGAGUGGAGACGGAUAGCUUUGAAGCCGAUCUUUUUAGGCGUAUCUCUGAUUUGACGCCAAUUCGUGAAUACUAUCCGAAACAUCUCAAACGCAUGCAGCAGGUAAAGUGGAUAUCUGGGCUUUCUCCUCUUGCACAACAUGACGAAUUUCGCAAGGCUGUCCAAGAAGUCUCAGAGUAUGCCGAACUUUUGAAUAUUUUUGAAGAUGUUAGAGGCUCAAUCCUUUCCCACAAUGUUGGAGCAGAAGAUCUGGCACACAGAGCAGCGAAAAGAAAUGCGGUAUUUCGGACAGAGCAGUUUGGAGGAAAUAUGGUAGAAGACAAGACAGAGGACAAGAUAUACGCGGCGAGGGAUAUGGUUGAUGGGAGUACCGAAGAGGCUAGAGUUGCAUAUGUGGCUCGGCUCGUCAAAGAAUGGCGUGGGCCGUUUAACGUUCAUCCGAAUAUAUUAAACUUCCUUGAGGGCCUGGGUGAGAUACAGGGAUCUGCGCCGAGAGAGGGGGGACUCAAGAUGGAGCUGGGAUUCAACGACAAAUGGCUGGAGCCGGAUUUGGCGUCGGUCUGGAUCGCCUUGUAUAACGGUCUAAGGGAAGUAAGAACGAAUGCUGAGCGAUAUGACUGGUUAUUCCUUCUCGCCACUUUGGUGUACUCUGGUGAGGUUGAGCUCACAAUCAUCGAGACCUUGCUGGCAUUUGGAACGGUUGAAGCCUUCAAGACGAUCGAACCUCCAACUCAUUCUUCCUACAACCUACGGCAUGGAUACGAACCAUAUGAUGAGGCACUUUGUAGCAUCAUCAAACCCUGCGCUAUAGACUUCGCCGCCAGCGAGGAGUCUAAACUGGAUGGUUGGGUGCUGGAGAGUGAACAGGCGACUCAACAACGACGAUCCAAUACGUUUAAUCAUAAUAAGGAGAAACAAGCAAGAGAGAUGGCGCGUGAGCUACGUCUGUCUUGGCCUAGCCUUGAGCCUAAUAUCGCUGUUGAAGCUGCCUACCCGCUAUACAAUGUUGCGGAUGUACUCUUGGCCGUUGAGCCUUGGUUUAAGAGUUGGAAUCACAAUUCCGACUUUCGAAGCCAUAUUUUAGAUGUACAGAAGGUUUUGGAAAGGAUCAACAACAGUCAGAAAUCUAUCCCCUCCGUUUACCACUUUAUGCCAUGCGAAUACAGUCAAUCAAGGCGGCGAAAUACCAUACGACUUUCAGACCUUUUGGCGCGCUCAACUCCUUCCCUACCGACGCGACCGGAUAUUCUGGCACGGAACCCUGUCGCUCGGGAUUCAGGAGCAGAUUCAAAACCAAAAAAUCAUGGCCUUGAAGAUCUUUUGCGAGACUUCCGAGCUUCGCACCCUGGGAAGUUCCAAAAAAUAUACACCCAAGGUCUCGAGGAUAGCAUUCGUGCGUUUCAAUCUGAGCCGGCGCCUCCUGAUUCAGUUGAGGUGAUUGGUCUUCUGAACAAAUUGAAGAAGCUAAAGGUGGAAUCUGAGGAGUACAUGUGGAAGGUCUUCAGGGCUAUUGAGCAGCAACUGAAACCAAAGCUUCUCAAAGGUAGCUUCAUGGCCUUCCAAGCUGGUCUCUGGCCACGAAUCUGCCCAAUGCUCCUCCUUCAACAACUGGCCACCAAUUGUACCAUUGAACUAUCUCCAGAUUGGAAAGAGGCCCUUAUAACGUAUGGUAUUGCCAUUACCACUCUUCAGCGCCUUGAGCGCCUCAUCCGUAUUUCUCCGAAGAAUACGUCUCCAGAUAUAAGCUCUGAUUUCCUCAAAGAGCUCGAGAAUACUGGGCACGAGAGAUGGGAUCCCAUCCAACACCCGGACUGGCUUCUUAUAGAAAUCGAGAAUAAUCUGCUCAUCCGCCCAGUCCAAGCUGAUAUCGCUUCGAAGAUGACCACACCCCCUAAGAACACAAAUACAAUCAUGCAAUUAUGUAUGGGUGAGGGAAAGACUUCCGUGAUUGUCCCAAUCGUCGCAGCAUCCCUUGCAGACACGAAGAAGCUGGUGCGUGUUGUGGUGCUGAAGCCAUUAUCAGGACAGAUGUUUCAAACACUUGUCCAGAAGCUUGGCGGCUUGGUGAACAGGCGAAUCUUCUUCAUGCCAUUUUCAAGGGGUAUUUCCAUGGGGAAGGAGCAGAUAAAAGUGGUCAAUCAGCUGUAUGAUGAUUGUCUGAAAGGUCGUGGGAUACUGCUGGUCCAGCCAGAACAUAUUCUUUCGUUCAAGCUACUUGGACUAGAAUGGCUUCAUAACUCCGCAACGGAUAAGGAGAGAGGAACUGCGCAAUCGGGUGGGAUGGUUAAGAAAUAUGAUCGGCAAGUGGCGCGGUUACUACUCGAAAAACAGAGAUGGCUGGACACAACAUCGAGGGAUAUACUGGACGAGAGUGACGAGAUUUUGAACGUAAAACAUGAGUUGAUCUAUACAAUCGGGGAUCCGGCACCAAUACAGAAUCAUCCUGAUCGAUGGGUCAUCAUUCAAGAGAUAUUCAAUUUAAUAAAGGAGCAUUUCAUGGGAUUGGAAACCAGUGUUCAAGACUUUGAACUGGAGAGACAUAACGAUACAAAGAGAUUUGGGUCAAUACGAAUCUUAAAUCUCGAGGCCGGCAAAGAUCUGCUCAACCAAAUUGCGCAUAGAAUUGUUGAAGACCAACUUCUUACUGUUUCCUUUCGACUCUUCCCCGCCGAUAUGCGAGCACUCGCUACCAGGUUCAUCACCGAUACCUACAUGACCAAAGAGGAUGCGGCCCCUCUUCUUAGGUACUUCAAUAAAAAUAGCAUAACUAGCGAUAUACUCUAUCUCCUCCGAGGUCUAAUCGCUCACAACAUUUUGCUUUUCUCUCUCAAGGAAAAGAGGUGGAAAGUUGAUUACGGCCUUGAUCUCAAUCGGUCUCUUCUUGCGGUGCCAUAUAGAGCCAAGGACUCACCGGCCGGGAAAGCAGAGUUUAGUCAUCCCGAUGUCGCAAUUAUCUUGACCUGCCUCAGCUACUACUACGGUGGACUGGAUGAUAUACAAUUGGAGACAUGUUUCAGGAAUCUUUAUAAAUCAGAAAACCCAGCUCUGCAGUACGAGAAAUGGAUCAAGGGCGUCGAUCUUCCGAAGCCGUACCUCCAAAGGCUCAACGGUAUCAAUCUUGAAGACAGGAAGCAGUGGGAAAAGAUAAUAUAUCCAACGUUUCACUUCAACAAAGCAGUUAUUGACUCGUAUCUCUCCGGAGUUGUCUUUCCUAAAGAAGCCAAAGAGUUCCCUUAUAAACUCUCCUCGUCGGGCUGGGACGUUGCUGUUUCCAAGAUAUACCCAACUACCGGGUUUAGUGGAACAAAUGAUAAUCGCUACCUCCUUCCACUAUCUAUCGAGCAACUCGAUACGGAAGAGCAGCUAAACACCAAUGCCCGGGUACUGAGCUACCUUCUACAGGAGGGAAAUAACUAUAAAUACAUAGCAGGAGGGCCCAGUAAUAACGAGCGCAUCGGUGUCGAGCAGCUACUCAGGAUCCUUGUCAAUCCAGGUGGUCGUCAAAUUCUAGUUCUGCUGGAUGUUGGCGCGCAGGUUCUGGAAUUCAAGAAUGAGGAAGUUGCAAGGAGAUGGUUGGACCUUGUAUCGGAUGGCACUGCCCAAGCGGCGGUGUACUUCAAUGAUAACGAUGAAUUGACGGCACUGACAAGAGAUGGCAAUAAAGAACCUUUGAUGGUUUCUGCAUUCGCAGAAAGACUAGAUAGUUGUUUGGUUUAUCUAGAUGAAGCACAUACGAGAGGGACUGAUUUGAAACUUCCCGCAAGGGCGAGGGCCGCCGUUACACUAGGACCAAAUCUGACAAAAGAUAGGCUUGUACAAGGCGAGAAUCUCACCCGAUCAAUCCCUAUAACGUGUAUGAGAAUGAGAAAGCUCGGGAAUGGACACACUGUCAUGUUCUGCGGUCCUCCCGAAAUUCAUAGGAAAAUUAUGGCAAUUGCCCAGGAAGAUAAUCGCGAUACUGUCACUGUUCGUGAUGUUCUUUACUGGUCUAUGCAAGAAACCUGCGACAACGCUCGAAAGCUCCUCCCAAUUUGGGCCAAACAAGGAAUUAACUAUCACACGCAUCUCGCAGCCUGGAAUGAUAUUGGCGAAGGAAAAGAGUUCCCUAAGGGAUUGUUAGAGGCAGAAUCUAAAACACUCACGCAACACUAUGGCUUUGAGCGUCUCAGAGAGGAAACAAUCGACUCCUAUCGGAAGCCAGGGGUCAAAGAUAGUGACUUAUCCAAAAUCCUGGAAAAAUGUAAAUCACUCGGGGUCAAGUCAUUCCGUGGGGCGAGGAUGUUGGAGGAGCAGGAGAGGGAGCUUGCACAUGAGGUGGAAUGUGAAAGGGAAAACCAACGGCCGGAACAAGUCGGAGCGGCAAAGCACAAUGUUUCCGACGAGGUCAGACAGUUCGUCUUAACUGGAAUACUCCCGAACAACUUCCGUCGAUCCUUCGUUCCGGCCUUCAGUGUACUUGCGAAAACAUCAGCGAAAGAUAUUUACCAACAGAGUGCAUUCUCUGAAAAGUUGCUGGCAACAAAUGAUUUUUGCAGGGUCGUCGAUGGGCGGCCGCUCAAGGAAAGUAAAACCGAUGACUUUUUACGACCGGUUAACUGGAUUGUCUCAAGUACCGCAGAUAAGAGUAUACUUAUCUUAAUGAGCCCUUACGAAGUGAACAAACUUCUGCCCGAUAUCCGAACCUCCUCAAAGAUUGUUUUACACAUGUACUCCCCCCAGGUCACGCGCUCCACUCCUUCCUACAACUCGCUCAGUUUCUGUACCAUCCCCCGACUCCCCUCGGUCUGGCAACCUAACAUUUCACUCAUCGAUGAGCUCAAUAUCUUUGCCGGACAGCUUUACUUUCCGAACUACAAGGUUUAUCAAAGGGUUUGUGGGUUUCUUGGGCUUUAUCUGGACGAGACCACCCCAGAAAAGAGAUUUGCCAUACAGAGCGACGGAUUUGUCAAAGUCUCUGAUAGAAAGACAGUGGGGAUGCAGUAUAAAUCUCCCUUUGAAAAGAGCCCGGUUACUCUCGUGAGAGAGUUGACUGGGUUCAGGCGGAAGGGGCAGAGCUAUAUUGCCACGCACAUGGGACAUAUAUUGCAUGGGAGGUAUCUGAUGAUGGAUGAUUUUGAAGAACAGAAAUCGGAGGAGGAGGAGGAGGAGGACAAUUUUGGAGAGCAGGAAUCGGAAGAGGGGGAUGAUUUUGGGGAGCUAGGAUGGGAAGAAGAGUUCUCAGCGCUGGGGUUGAAUUGA